CGUAUGAUGCUGUGCUAAUGGUAUAUUAGGUUUUUGAGGGCGUGAGGUAGCAAGUACACAGGAGCCGGAUUACAAUUUUCAGCUGACGCGAAGACACCGGCGAUAUGACAGCUUUUGAAGAAAUGGGCGUCAUUCCUGACGUGGCCCGGGCGGUCGAUGAAUUGGACUGGAACCUACCAACAGACGUUCAGGCCGAAGCCAUCCCUCUUAUCCUUGGUGGGGGUGACGUACUAAUGGCAGCUGAAACAGGCUCAGGUAAAACUGGUGCGUUCUCUUUACCCAUCGUUCAGAUCGUCUGGGAGACUAUGAAGGACAAUCUUCAAGGAAAAAGCCAUACCUCAUCAGCGACUGGAAAUGUCAAGUUACAACUGAGCUUUCACGAUCGAACACAGCAGUUGGCCGUUAGUCCCGAUGGGCUGACCGCACAGGCUAGAGAUCCCAAAGGUUGGCAUGGUUGCCGAGCGACAAAAGCUGUGUCAGACAAGGGCAAGUAUUAUUAUGAAGCCAAAGUAACUGACGAGGGAUUAUGCAGGGUGGGUUGGAGUACUCAAACAGCCCAACUGGACCUUGGCACCGACAAGCAGGGCUACGGAUUUGGAGGAACAGGCAAGAAAUCUUAUAAUAAGAACUUUGAUAGCUAUGGAGAAGCGUUCGGCAUUCAUGACGUAAUCGGAUGUUAUCUAGAUUUGGAUAACAACAUUAUUAAAUGGUCCAAAAACGGAGUUGACUUUGGUACAGCGUUUGAAAUUGGAUCACAGCUUCGCAAUGUCCCAUUUUUCCCUGCGGUUGUUUUAAAGAACGCUGAAAUGUCAUUUAAUUUUGGAGCGGAACCCUUCAAACACCCGCCUGAAAAUAGCUAUAUAGCAUUUGCUAAUGCAUCUAAUUUUACUAACAAUACGAUUCUUGGAUCUGGUCCGGUCGUGCAGAAAUACGAACCUCAUGCUCCACAAGCUAUCAUACUUGAACCUUCACGCGAACUAGCCGAUCAAACAAUGAAAUGUCUUGAAAAUUUCUCGAAGUACCUUCAUGAGCCUCGGGUAAAGUGUCUCUGUAUUACGGGAGGAGGGGCUGCUCAAGAGCAACUAAAUAUACUCAAAGCUGGCGUUGACGUCGUAGUUGGAACGCCAGGUCGACUUGAAGACCUUAUUUCUUCGGGUAAACUAUCACUUAACCAAUGUAAAUUUUUAGUUCUGGAUGAAGCUGAUGGUUUGCUUAGCGGUGGUCAUGGUAACCUAAUUGAAAGAAUUCAUCAGCGAAUUCCCAAACUCACCGCUAACGGCAAACGAUUGCAGAUGAUCGUGUGUUCGGCAACGCUUCACUCGUUCGAAGUGAAAAAGUUAGCGGACAAGCUUAUGCAUUUUCCAACAUGGGUGGAUCUUAAAGGUGAAGACAGCGUUCCGGAAACUGUGCAUCAUGUGGUGUGUAUUGUCAAUCCUCAAAAAGACGAAUCGUGGCGUACACUGAGUCGACACAUUACUACCGAUGGAGUACACGCCCGCGACUCUAAAACUGGCCCGGAAGGUCUCUCUGAAGCGAUCAAGAUUCUCAAGGGCGAAUACUGUAUUCGAGCCAUUCGGAAACAAAAAAUGGAUCAAGGCAUUAUUUUUUGCCGGACAAAGCUCGACUGCGAUAAUCUCGAGCAGUACUUUCAGUUGCAUGGCGGGGGUCCAAAUGCUCGAUGUGACGCUGAACUCUCAUGCGUCUGUCUCCACGGCGAUCGCAAACCGCAUGAACGUACAGCAAAUCUCGAAAAAUUUAAACAGAAACGAGUCCGGUUCCUCAUUUGUACUGACGUGGCCGCUCGUGGAAUAGACAUUAAAGGUGUCCCAUACGUAAUCAACGUUACAUUGCCCGAUGAUAAGGCAAAUUAUGUUCAUCGAAUCGGUCGUGUUGGUAGGGCGGACCGAAUGGGUCUAGCCAUUUCGCUUGUGGCAUCUGUACCCGAAAAGGUCUGGUAUCAUUCGAACUGUGCUAAUCGAGGCAGAGGGUGCUAUAACACAAACUUAACGGACAAGGGCGGAUGUUGCAUAUGGUACAAUGAACAGAACUAUCUUGCGGAAAUUGAAGAGCAUCUCAAAGAUACAAUUAUGCAGGUGGACAAAGAAUUGGAUGUUCCGGCUGACGAAUUCGAUGGCAAGGUUACGUACGGUGCUAAGCGAAAGACCACAUCAUGCUCACUGUACGCGAAUCACGUUCAACAGAUGGCACCAACUGUUGCCGAUCUUGCUGAACUUGAAAAACAGGCUCAGCUCGGCUACUUAAGUCUCUUCCAUAAUGUUCAAGCCUAAACAAGCAAUUCUUUAUGACGUAUGUUGCUACGCUACUCGCACAUAUGUUUGUAACGGAUAAUACUAUUCUUACUAAUAUUUAAUGCUAUUCCACAUUGUGUAUAUACAAUAAUAAAUGAAAUUAAUGUAGU